UUCUGCAUUAAAGACGACCACAUUAAUUGUUCGCUAUAAUUAUGGCAUUCACCUCAACACAGCAAUACUUAGCAUCAGUUAAUGGAUCUUCCUCACCAAGCAGCUCUUUUCCUAGCGCAUCUUUUGGAGGAACCUCUAGUGGCAGUCGGGUUGUUCCAGCCAUCAACCUUGACGAAGAAAUCCGACUAACAACAAAUAACCGUGAGCGAGCACAGAUGGAUAAUAUGGCAGACUUGUAUUCCAUUAUUGUUGUAUUAGAGCACCUAGAAAUGGCCUACAUUCGCAGUGCCAUCACGCACACCCAAUAUACUCCAGAAUGUCGAAAUCUUAUUGCACAAUAUAGGACAGCAUCCAAUCUGUUAGGAGACAUUGAUUUGGAAAAAUUCAUGAAGGAAUAUAAUUUGGAUUGCCCUGCUGCAGCCAAGAGGAUCAAAAUUGGAGUACCAGCUACAGUCGAGUUUGGAGAUGGCGGCGCAUCAGACGAACCUAAUGGUCAUCGUACUGCUAAAUAUGUUGCAGAAACUGUUCAGAGCUAUAUUACGGUCGUUGAUCUGCUCAAGCUGGGAAGAACAGCAGUAGACGAGAUUCAUCCUCAUUUGGCUGAACUCAUGCAAUCUCUCAAUAACGUGCGAUCACUACCCGCAGAUUUUGAAGGACGUGCUAAAGUGCGCGAGUGGUUAAUUAAGCUGAAUAGCAUGAAAGCUAGUGAUCAAUUGACCACAAGUGAAAAAAGACAGUUGGAGUUCGACCUCGAGAGUAAUUAUACUGCGUUCCGUGGAUGGCUUGAUAGUCAAUAAUAAACAAGUAUAGAAAGGAGGAUCCUCUGACAAAAAAUAAGAA